AUGGGUUUUGCAACGUCGGAUGCCACCCUAUGCGAACUGGAGGUCAAGAACGGCAUAUCGUACUCCUUUGACCGUCAAACCGUCACCGACUUGUUGAGCGUCAUCAAGUCCCACUUCAGUGUGUCGCUGCGCGAGCUCACGUUGUCUAGCCUACCCCUGGAGUCAACCCACGGCGGUGCUAGUUCGCCUCUACACCCUAUCCCGGUGUUUGCGCUCCGCAACCUACACACCGUUCGCAUAUCCACACCAUCGCGAAUCGCUUUAUCCAAUGAGGACCUCUAUACAAUCACUUCUGCCUGGGCAAAUCUCGUCUCGCUGCACAUUCGAUGGUCUGCGGGAGACAGUGUGGUCGUGGCGAGACCCACUCUAGACUGUCUACCGCGCAUCGCGAGGUCAUGCCCAAACCUGCGCGUGCUAUACGUCUCGUCCAUGGACUUGACGUUUGCGGCGGGCCUCGACACAUACCCGAUCCUGUCACACCAUCUUGACUACCUCGGUAUCCAGAGCACGUCAGACCGUCAGAAGAUCGACGUGGUGGACGUCGCGCUCUUCCUUGACCGUCUGUUCCCUUUCCUCGACGCAAAGAUGCUGCGACAUCUUUACGAACAACGGGACCGUGAGGGACAGACGUCGUUGGCUCGAGUGUAUCAUCAGCUCCAGGGAUUCCACGCCGUUAGGAUGCAGGACAGAAAACGAAUGUUGAGCCGCACUCUAUAA